AUGGAUUCACGGGUAUGGCUGCCACUGAUCGGAGCGCAACUGCUGCCUCGAGAAAUCAAUGUUUUUACUCAGAUCUUUUCUAACAACAACAACACCUUGUUUUCGAGUAGCAACAUCAGCAGUACCACCAGCAGCAAACCCGAUGUAAAGAGUUCGAAGAAGUUUCUCAUUGAACGAUUCCUCAAUGAUGAUCCUCCAUCACCAACUCCUUCGAUUCUUUCGCCAUCUCCACAGGCAGCCAUACCCAGUCCAAUCGUAAAUCCAGGAAGCGUUGAAUUCGUCAACGGCGGAUACGGAGUCAAGAAUCCACUUGCUCCACUUAUUAACUCCCUCUCAUCUUCUGAAUCUUCCACACCGUCUUCCUCUGCUGGCACAUCUUCUCUCAAUCUUCUAUCCAAAAUCAACGAAGAGCUCACAGACUCAUUGACGUGUCACAUUUGUGGAAAGAAGUUCGGACUACAACGUCUUCUGAAUCGUCACAUCAAGUGCCACAGUGAUCUCAAAAGAUAUCUUUGCACAUUUUGCGGUAAAGGUUUCAACGAUACAUUCGAUCUAAAACGACACACAAGAACCCAUACAGGAGUCCGUCCUUACAAAUGUGAACAGUGCGAGAAAUCAUUCACUCAACGAUGUUCCCUGGAAUCUCAUCUUCGGAAAGUUCAUGGUGUCACUCACCAAUACGCCUACAAGGAACGUCGGAGCAAGGUUUUCGUAUGCGAAGAUUGUGGAUACACAGACGAGAAAUUUGAAGUUUACCUGUCCCACAUAAAGGCGGUCCAUCCACUUUCAGCAGCUUAUUUCCGAUUCACUCAACUCCAGAAAAAGAGCUCUACAGCGACUGCAAAGCAACAACUAACUCAGAUAACUUCCUAG